UAAAAAGAUGAGACAGGCCUGUAAUUUUCAUCAUAGGUACACUUGAACUAUGACAGACAAAAUUGCAGAUUCAGUCUUCCCAGCCUCGUGCAGGUCUACAAUUUUGUUUCUGGUGUCCUUUGACAGCUCUUUGGUCUUGGCCAUAGUGGAGUUUGGAGUGUGACUGUUUGAGGUUGUGGACAGGUGUCUUUUAUACUGAUAACAAGUUCAAACAGGUGCCAUUAAUACAGGUAACGAGUGGAGGACAGAAGAGCCUCUUAAAGAAGAAGUUACAGGUCUGUGAGAGCCAUUAAUCUUGCGUGUUUGUAGGUGACCAAAUACUUGUUUUCCACCAUAAUUUGCAAAUAAAUUCAUUAAAAAUCCUACUAUGCGAUUUUCCUGGAUUUAUUUUCUUCUCAUUUUGUCUGUCAUAGUUGAAGUGUACCUAUGAUGAAAAUUACAGGCCUCUCUCAUCUUUUUAAGUGGGAGAACUUGCACAAUUGGUGGCUGACUAAAUACUUUUUUGCCCCUCUGUACAUUGCAGCGGUAACAUUCAAACAAUAUAAACCUUUGCUGAUAAACAUACUGAGUAUUCAGCAAUGAUAAUGACCACAACACUUAUUAUAAAUGUAGUAAUGAUAACCACACUAAACCGAGGUAGCAUGCACGGGAUACACACAAACAAUGCUAUCAUUAGCUGGUAGCUAUCAAAAUAACAUUACUUAUCUACAAAUAUCUAGCACAGGGCAGCUAUAAACAACAAUCAUCACUCCAAAUAUCCCCAUAUUUAUGUACAUGCCAAUGGACGCACACAACACUCUAGUAAGGAAGCAGCAUGUUAAAGGUCUGUCAGCAUCAAACACUUGAUUCUUUCUCAAGGCGGCAGGUGACAAUGCUCUAACUUGGGCGGAGCCCUGGAGUGUGUCCAAUGCCCUGAUUGGUUGGAUGAACUGAGGCGUGAAGGGUCUGAAGGCCAUUCAGGUUGAGCUUUUUUCUUUUUACAGCCGCCCCUGGAUUUCUGGUGGAAAUCCACACAUCUUAAAAUGCCUCAAUGCGGGACUUAGUCCUGAAAGGGCCUAGUUCUAUCCAGCAGGGCAGAGGGGCAGAACAGCGAAAGGACCAGACAAGGCCGGGUCCAGUCCUAGUGUGCAUCCGGCCGAACUAGAAGGGCAGCUGAUCACUUUAGAGGACCAUGCGGGCCAGUAGGGUACUGGCUCCGGUGUGCAUAAGGGUCUUAGGGGCCGCCCCGUGAAGAAGGUGCACGGAGACGCAAGGACAGUCCUGUGCCACCCCAUGGAAUGCCACUGGUAUGCCGGAGGAUCUUCUGACUCAGCUGGUGCAGGGCAGUUGGGGCCCAUCCGUGAGCGCUGAGUACAGUGCUGGAGGCUGGCUACAGCUGGAGGAGGUAGCUCACCUACUGCCUUGACGAAAUUUGGCAUUUCGGCCACAGCUGUCUUUUGCAGCUCACUGGUUGGUGACUCUCUCCCCACUGCUGAAUACGAUGGCUUCCAUGGUGGAACAGAACACACAUUGUCAUGUGGACUGUCCUGUGGUUAGUAGAAGUCUUCCUGUGUGCCUCAGGCAUCACUGUCGCAGACAAUGGGAUGUACAAAUGCUUCUUUCAAACCGAGACUUUGGUCUACAUUCACAUCACUCUGCAUGUGAUUGGCAUGCUGCAGUUGAUUUAUCUCCUCUCUGCUCUCCAGCCAGCUACAGUGUCUGUAUGUACCAGGUACUAGACCAGGCUUCGAUGGGUUCCGGAUGGGGAGAGAGGUUCGGGGUGUACCAGUGUAAAGCCAACGGGGGAUACCCAAAGGGCCAGAUUCACUGGAAGAUGGGUGGUCAUCCUCUGGUGAACACCUCCAGGAGGGAUGAGACACACCUGGAUAACUCUACAGGACUAUACAGUCUGACCAGCAUCCUGACCAUGGAUCGGAGUCAGGGUGAAAAACUGCAGUGUAUGGUGGAAAACACAGACCAGGCUUCUAAACUCAACUCCACCUGCAAGGAAAAGCCUGUAUACAUUAGAGAUAGUCUAUUGGAGAGUCCUGAUAAAGUAGCAGUAGCAGCAGGUGUGUCUGUCAGCGUGGUUGUGAUGCUUGUUGCAGGAGUCCUGCUGGUGAUCUUCUUACUGACUAGAUGUCACCGGCGUGAAACGUCAACGAAGCAGAGAGACACAGAGGAAAGAAGCGUGACCCAGCAGUUGAACAUGUAUGAACACUGAGUGUGUGGAGCAUCUUCUCCCUCUGAUACAACAAUCUCUCCUCAAAUGACGGACGACAAAAUGGAGGGAUGGUGACUUGCAACAAGACAAACUUAAACUUAAAAUAAUGCCUGUGUUCAAAGUAGCAAUGUGGAGCAGCAUUGAGCAAUGUAUUGUAAUGUCAUGUCUGAACCAUAUUCUGUGGCAAUUAUGCAACGAGGCAGGAAGUGAAAGAAGUGGAGAACAGCAUGAUGGGAGAAAUGACUGGUCAAUGGACAGAACAUGAGCCGAACUCAGUAAAUGAAGUCCAGAGAAAUCCCAAGAAAUAAAGUAGACCUAAGGCAGCCUGUAUAUUAUAGAGUUGACUAACUACAAGUGCAUUCACAUUUGUAAGAAGAGAAGCAGAUGAUACAGGACUACUAUAGUUAACAGCCAUCAUGGAAACUGUUGUUACAUACAUCUACCGCAUGUUCCUGGUGUUACCCAUUUGAAUCAUGUUGAUAAUUCGCUUUCAUGUACAGCAGUCAUUUCACCAUUUAAAUAUGAAUUUAAUUAUCUGAAUAAUGUGAAGACUUUGACAUGAUCAAUGUUUUCAUUGCUGCUUAUUAUUAUGAUGUAGCUUGCUGUGAAACAAGCGUGUCAUGGAAUGACUAAAUCAAAAGAUUAGUAACACUUUGGUCCAGGGUCCGUUUUGUUGUAUGAACCAUAUUGGUUAAGCUUACAACACAGAAAGAGCUGAUUGGAAAUCAGGGAAAUAAAAUGACUUUUUAUAGGUCUUGUCCCGAGGGACUAAUACAGGUUUCACAUCUGUGUUCAUAUUUAUUUUGUGAGAGAAAAAAACUACAGACAUUAUACAAAUACAUUAUCCGCCCACCUCUCCCCUUUCCACCCACAUGACCUGCUUAUUUGAGUACAAAUAUCAAAGUAGUGAUUUUAAACUGUUAAUUGUUGAAGUCCAUAUGUUGAUACUUGGUUGCCUGGGUGUUAGGUACAGUGAAGUUAGUCAUCAUUAAGCAGUAAGAGAUUGGCAAGACAAGGGAUUGGUUUAGAUAAAAUGCUUGAUAAUGGUGAAGACAGAUUGCCAAAAGCAGAACAAUCUGUUUUAAUACUUUUAUACCACUUAUAUUUUAUGCUGUAAGUGACAAUACUGUCUGUUUUUCUGUGUGUGAAAGUAUUGUUCAGAUGUUUGUAUGUGUUUGUACUGUUGGAAAGUAGCUGAAACUCUCUGUCCUCUUCCCUCUUGGUGUUUCUUUUUCAAAUAAACUAUGUACUAUGAAUAUGAAAUGAGAUAAACCCUAUAUUAAAUGCCUUAAUAAACCCUAUAUUAAAUGCCAUAAAACCUAUAUUAAAUGCCAUAAUAAACCUUAUAUUAAAGCACAGCAUUGAUUGUCACUGCUUCGCAGAUGAUACACAGCCUCACAUUUCUGUGUCACCAGAGGAUUCUAGCUCCACGGAUACAUUAUUAGACUGUUUUAGUGAGUUAAAUAACUUCCUCCAGCUAAAUCAAGACAACUUAGGUACUUAUUGUUGGAGCCAAAGCACAGCGAGAGAAUCUAGCAGCAUAUUUUAAUUCACAGGCAAUAAAGAUAAAAAAACCUAACCUUUUUACAUUUUGAAGUCAAUUUCGAAUCGCACAUUAGGAAUGCGACCAAAAUUGCUUUAUACCAGGAACAUUUUGAGGUGUGGAUGUUUCUCUCUCAGGCUGAUACAGAGAGACUCAUCCAUGCUUUUAUUACAUUCAGGCUUGACUACUGUAUUGCUCUCCUGUCGGGUCUACCCAAGAAAGCCAUUGGUCAACUGCAGAACAUACAGAAUGCUGCAGCACGGGUACUGACCAAGAUCAGACGGAGAGCACAAAUUUCAUAGGUUUUAAGGUCUCUGUACUGGCUGCCUGUGAGUUCUGUAAUGCACAUUGCAUUGAGUGCAUGUCUGAAGAGUUCUGUUUAAAAAAGCUUGAUUUGAUUAAAUGUCAAAAUAAACACAAUAUUAAAUGCUA